AUGACUGAUAUUUUCGAUGAUGGCUUGGGAAUUCUGGGAACACAUGUGACCUGGGAACUUGUGGAGAGUAGUCUGCAAAGAGGGCUUAAGAUUGGGGCGAGAUUCGGCGCAAAUCGAUCAGCACAGAGUAUCGCCGAUGGAGUGGGCUACAGCUCGAUCAUCGCUUUGGUGGAUGCGGAUUGGAUUGGUGAUGAAAAGGCGAUUGCUGAACUACCAAAAAGGUUUAUCGUCAAAAUCGCCUCAUUGAUCCAGGGGAAACGUGUUCGCGACGAGAAAUUGUUGGAGACACCGCUCGACGAAGGAGACGAGUAUUUGCGAGAAUGGGCAAAGCUCAUUCGAGGAAUUCACAACACCGAGUGCGAGGUUUUCGAUCAGAUCAACGAAGCGAAAAACACUGAACAUUUGAGCCUGCCAAAAGUUUGGUUCACGAAAAAGUUCUCCUCUCCAAGCGACAACGUCGGUUUUAUCAUUAUGGAGUAUUUGGAAGAAGUGAAACACUAUCAUCUGCACGAUAAUCUCGGAAUCGAUCAAUUGAAACAAGUAAUCCGGGAAAUCACGAAAAUCCAAGCUUUCUUCAUCAAUGAGAAAAUCGUUUAUGGCGAAGAUUUGCGGCAAAGAAGUGCACAAAAAUUCUAUGCUCAUUUAUUGCCAAAAGAGAAGUUUAAAAUGAUAUUCGUUGGUUUGAAACAUUUGGGAGUGGAUAGAUUGACCGAGUUAGCCGAUGGGAUGCUGGGCAAAUUCGAUGAGAUCUACGAUUUGAAUCGACUUGACGCCCUGCAUCAUCCAGAGAAAUCGGGAAUGUCUGGCGUUUUGUGUCACGGAGAUAUGUGGGCAACGAAUUUUCUCUUUGACAAAAAGACGGACGAUUUGCGAUUUCUCAUCGAUUUCCAGAUGGCUCAUCUCGGGAAUCCAAUUGACGAUUUGCUCAGAGCGUUCAUUUUAGGGUUAUCCGGGGAAAUGCGAAGGAAAUACGAACAAGAAUUACUUGAGUUCUACCAUUCUUGCUUAAACUCGCAACUCCGCGAUUCCGAAUCGCCAUUCAGUAUUGAGCAGCUAAAAUCCGAAUAUCGAGCGUAUUUCCCGUUGGCGGCUUUGUGCAACACGGUAAUGCUUGGACCAGUUUUGAUGUUCUCGAUGAAUCAAAUUAAAGAUGAGGCUCAAAAGGGUGAAAUGAUGACGAAAGUGUUCGAGAAAAUGAUCGCCAUUUACGAGGAUGCGCUUGAGAUUUCGGGGAAU